AUGGACGCCUCCUCCCUCCGCAUCUCCAAGUUCGAUGGAACUAACUUCCACGCCUGGAAGUUCAAGAUGCAGAUGGUGCUGGAGGAACGGGACCUAUGGGAGGUCGUCAGCGGUGAGAUCAAGGCGGAACAGUGCGAGACUCAGUUGGACCAAGCGACGUACAAGAGGAAGUCAAGAAAGGCGAUGGCAGUGAUCUGUCUAGCCAUGGAAGAUUCCCAGCUACCGUUGGUCCGGUCGGCAAGUGGUGCAUGCGACGCAUGGUCAAGGUUGGAAGACCACUUUGAGAAGAAGAGUCUUGCCAACAAGCUGUUCUUGCGCCGUCGCUUCUUCACGACAAUGAUGGAAGAAGGCGAAGAUGUGCUCGAACACAUCAACAAGCUCAAGACGCUGGCGGAACAGCUAGAAGCGGUGGGGGGCUCCACUUUGGAGUCGCGCUCAGACACUCUUAGCUGGGAGCUCGUGACGUCUCGACUGCUUCAUGAAGAAAUGAAGCGGAAGGAGCAAGGAAGUAAAGGUGAUGAAGCUUCGCAAGGUCAAGCGUUCAUCACAAGGGACAAUCAGCGCAAAGGGCGACCAGUGAAGAAGUCCUGGCCGUGCCACAAUUGCGGAAAGAUUGGUCACUGGAUGGCGGAGUGCCCCUCGCGCAUCCAAGAAAACACGGAGAGACACCGGCCACAGCGUGCUCAAGACAGCGGCGACCGCUAUCGAUCACAACGUGCAAACGUCGCUCAAGAAGAAGCCUCGGGCGACUACCUCUUUUCGAUCGGUGAAACGACAUCUGCAAAAUCGAGCGACAUCUGGCUGGUCGACUCCGGGGCGACGCAGCACAUGACGUGCUCCAAGAAGUUCAUGCGGAACUACAAGGGGUUUGACGCUGUGGAUGUCCAUCUCGCGGAUGAUGGAAUCGUCCAAGCAAUCGGCAGUGGGGACAUUGUCAUGUCGAUGAAGACACCCCAAGGGAUGAAGAAAGGUGUGCUCACAAACGUGUGGCACAUCCCAAAGUUAUCCAGAAACCUGUUCUCGGUCGGCCGCUUCACCAAGGAUGUCGGCCCAGUGACGUUCACGAAGGAUGGGUGCUAUGGAGAAGCGAAAGGGACCAAGUGGAAAAUUGGUGCCCGUGAAGGUAAAGGACUGUUCAAGCUGCAAAUGACUCCAGUGGCGCCGGAACAAGCAAAUGCAGCCAAGUCGUCGGGAUGUCAAGGGGGCACCAAGUCGUACCUCUGGCACCUUCGGCUUGGCCACAUAGGUCACGAUGGACUCAAUUGCAUCGUGACGAAGAACAUUGGAAUUGGCAUCGACAUAUCUUCGGUGAAGAAGUGGGACGUGUGUGAAGGUUGUGCUCUGGGAAAACAGACUCGAGUGCGCUUCCAAUCAAACACUACAGCUCGCACCUCCAAACUCCUCGAAGUGAUUCACAGCGACGUAUGCGGACCGAUGUCGAUGGCAACUUUCAGUGGAAAACGGUACUUCGUGACAUUCAUUGAUGACAAGUCAAGAUACUGUGUCGUCUAUCUGCUCAAGAGCAAAUCUGAAGUUGCGGCGAAGUUCAUGGAAUACGCUGCGAUGGCCGAAACGCAAACCGGAAAGCGCGUGAAGUACCUUCAAAGCGACAAUGGGGGUGAAUACAAGUCCGACAAGCUGGCACGAUUCUGCGCGGAACGGGGAAUACAACAAAGGUUCACACCCCCAUAUACUCCUCAGCUAAACGGAGUAGCUGAGAGAAUGAAUCGCACGCUGGUCGAGUGUGCGCGUUGCAUGAUGGAACACGCUGGACUGGGAAAGAGCUACUGGGGUGAAGCAGUGAUGACGGCGAUGUUUCUUCGAAACCGCUGUCCAACACGUGCCAUUCACCAAGACAAGUCUCCAUAUCAAGUGUGGACGAUGAAGAAACCGAUUCUGGCCAACCUUAAAGUGUUUGGAUGCCACGCGUAUGUUCAAGUGCCUCAAGACAAAAGCGCGAAGUUCGACUCCAAGUCAUCACUCUGUCGUUUCCUGGGAUACGCCGAACACCAGAAGUCAUAUCGAUUUGAGGAAGUGUCAACAGGAGCGAUCAAGAUCAGUCGCGAUGCCACAUUCAUGGAAGACAAGUUUGAUGAAGGUCCGCGCAACUACAACGAUGAGUCAAGUGUCGUUGAGUUUGAUGAUCAUGAUGAGGACGAAGAAAAAGAAGAAGGUAAAACUGACGACGACAUGGACUCGAGCGACGAUGACAACGAAGACACCAGGUCUUCGAAGAGCAACAUCAAGAGACACACGCGCACUCAAUCACUUGAGAAAGCUACCGUCAUUCCAAGUCCCAAGCGAAGAACAUACAGAGGUCCGUCGCUUGAGCAUGUGUCAGCGGCUGCAAUGGAUUUUGAAGCAGCCUAA